GUAUUCGUCUAUUACUAGACGAAAUUCAUACUUUCAUAACAAAAAAAUACAAUUUUAUAACCGAGAAUCGAUAUGGAUAUUUUCCGAGUUUUCUAAGUUAUACGAUUAGCUCCUAUAAGUAAAAUUUAAAUCAACUCAAUGAUGAGUUUAGCAUCAGUAUGCAUUCCUAGUAAGACUACCCCCCACGCAUCUAAGAAACCUGUCUAGACCAACAUAAGUAAUCAUCCUUCAAUAAAAAUAUCAUCGGAAAAUUAAACACUUUCAUCCUUUCCAGUAAAUGGUAUGAAAAAGACGAGGAAGGAUACAUGCGGACUUUUCAGAAAAUUAUGGAUAUCAUUGAUAUUAAAAUUAACGAAACCUGGCCUUGUGAUGUGGGGGUUCAUUACCCGUUGCUUUUCCAUCGGGUAUUUCACCAAGACAGCCUUCGUCUUGGUGAGGCUUACAUGUGUAUGGGUGUAGGAAUACAAACGAUUUCUACGCCUUGGAUUUUUUUUUUGAAAAAAACCUUCAUGGCAAUACUGACUGUUAUGUGCAUAUCCACCUGAGUAAAUAGAUAGGUAAUUCAUUUUCAAAUAUUUGUUAUCAAUGUGAUAAUUCAACUCAAAUCUAGCCCGCAAAACAUAAAUGUUUUGGGAGUCCCAGCUUUGAAGGCAUAGUUAACAAGAUUUUUAGUAAACCUUUUUUUCCGUACGUCACAUUUUGCAUUUCUAAGCGGGAACUGUGGAUCUAAUAUUUUUAUUAAACGCAUUUAUAUUAUUUAAUUCAUUAAUUUCGAUUAGCGUAUUAAAUGGAAUAUAUAAUUAUUUAUUUAUACACAUGUGUAUGUGUGUCUUUUUAAACUAAUUAAAA